GUCCUUUGGCGAUCUUUUAAAUUCCCUAGAAUUGAAGAUGAUUUUUUUAUACCUAAUGCUUGGAUGUUUAUAUUAGGACUUUACAUUUGAUGUAAAAUUCAGAUUAAAUUGAAAUAAUUUUUUUCUACAAAAAAGAAGGUAAGAAAGAAGGUGAAGAAGAACAAUUAUGUCGAGUGGUGGAGCAGCUAGUGUAGUCACAAUGAAAGCAACAGCUGCCUUUCCACAGGCUAAUUCACAAGCACAGAAACAACAUUCCCAAAAUAAUUUACAAUUAACUAAUGCAACAUUUGAUCAACAAAUUCAACUGCAACAACAACAACAACAGCAGCAACAACAACAACACUUACUCCAACAACAACAACAGCAGCAGCAACAACAGUUACAACAACACAAUCAAAAUCAACACUCCGCCCAGCUGCAUCGAUUAUCUCAGCCUCAUUUAUCCUCACCUAUACAUCCAGCUCAAUCGGUUGCUCAGAAUGUUGUUACUGGUCAUCCUACGCAUCCAAGUGUCUUCCCAAAUGCUGAAUUCUUUCAAACUUUACAACAGACAGCAGCAGCUGCCGCCCUGCCCACAGUACUCCCGUAUGAUCAAUCACAGUAUAUUGGACAGUUAAUGUAUUUCCCAUAUCCGACAGCUGCAGCAGCGGCUAAUGGAUUGUUUAGCGCUGCACAGACCACUGAUAAUCAUCAUAUGUCAUCCACGCCUGGUUCACAGGCGACAAUUAUUAAUCAAGCAUCGUGUAAUGCUGCUGCUGCAGGACAAUUAUUAACUGGUGGAAUUGUCUCUGCAACACCCGGAGGAAUGAUGACACUGAAUAAUGCUGCUGCUGCUGCUGCUGUGAAUGCUUCUAAUCAAAUGAAUAAUGCUAAUCAUUUGUUUGCUUCUAGUGCUGGUAUAGUCGGUAUAGGAGCAACAGCAGUAUCAGGUCAGAAUACUGUUUCAGUUAGUGGUAAUUCAGUAGCAUCAGCGUCUUUAGCUCCUUUAUUUACAACUGCUCAUUUUUAUCCACAUCAUACACAACAGACAAAUCAACAACAGCAACAGCAACAACAACAACUUCAAUUACAACAUCAAUUACAACAACACCAACAACAACAACAGCAGCAGCAACACCAACAACAGCAACAACACCAACAUCCACAUACUUCUGUACAUAUGCAGCAUGUUCAAUCACUUGCAGGUCAUGCAGGUAUUCAUUUACAACAGCAACAUCAACAACAACAACAAUCAGCUGCUACCACUGUUCUACUGCCUAGUUCUGUUUCCUCUGCCUCCCAGUUAACUAUGCUCUCCUCACAACAACAACAAAAUCAUCAACCGGUGCAUAAUAAUAAUAAUAAUAAUGAAAAUUUACAAAAAUCUGAAGAAAAACUACAAGCCACACCAGCGCAUACACCACAGAAACAAGGUGAUCAAGAAUUAAUGUCCCAAUCGAAUCAAUUAGGUACACCAUCACAAGGGAAUAAUAGUAGUUUAGAUGCUAGUUCAACAACAGUUAAACGUGAUAAUAAUGGUACAGGACAUUUUGUAUGUGGUGUAUGUGGUCGAGAAUUUGGUAUGCGAUGUCGUCUUAUUGCUCAUACUCGACGCCAUACCGGUGAACGUCCAUUUCCCUGUGCUGACUGUGGAAGAGCUUUUUCAGAUCGAGGUAAUUUACAACGUCAUCGGUAUACACAUUCAAGUCAGCCCAGAUUCCAUUGUACAGUUUGUGGCAAAUCUUUUCGUCAAGCUUCAUGUUUAUCAAAUCAUCGACGUUUUCAUUGUGCUGGUGCUACUGGCAGACCAUGUCCUUUCUGUCAACGGUCUUUCCGUUCAUCAUCCAGUCUACAAAUGCAUAUUCGAUGGAAACAUCGAGCUGAUGCUGCUGCAGCAGUGGCCGCUGCGGCUGCAGCUGCUGCUGCCAGUGGAUCAUCUUCCCUAUCAGAAGCGUUUACACACUUGCCUGGAUUAACUACAUCGUAUGUUCAAACAGCAACGGUGAAUGGAAUUCCAACAAUGUCCUUGAAUGGAAGUAAUCUUGACCUUGAGAAUACAACUCUUCUGUCUUCCGUAUCUAUAGCCUCAUCAAAUAUGAAUAAUGUUACUGGUUUAAUGGCUCCUAUCACUAGUAAUAGUGGUGUUAGAAUGGAUUCUUUAUUGGGGGGAACAAUGAAUAUUGGAUCACCGAAUAAACGAAAAUGGCGUCGAAAAUCCAAACCGAAACAAGCACAAAAUGCUUUUGGCAAAUUGACUGGUGAUGGAUUGAAUAUCUUGGCUGGUAUCAAUUUAAGUGAAGGCAUUGAUGUGAAUGCUGCUGCAGCGGCAGCAGGAGCAGCUGCAGCUGCUAUCGGUGGUCCUGUCCCAUUGGAUCGUAAAGGUCGACCGUGUAACUACCCGUGUCCAGCAUGUCCACGUCGUUUUGCUUUCCAAUGUCGUCUUGCCGCCCAUCUUCGAUGUCAUACAAAUAUUCGACCGUUUAUCUGCAUUGAUUGUGGUCGUGCAUUCACUCAACGCGGUUAUCUAGUUCGUCAUGCAGCUGUACAUAAAUUGGAUAGACCAUUCUCCUGUGGAUUAUGCGAUCGAUCCUAUAAACAUUAUGGUUCAUUGGUGAAUCAUCGAAGGACACAUAGUAAAAAUAAUUCAUUAAAUUUAAAUAAUAUAAAUCUUUUAUCCAACCUUGGAACAAUCACUUCCAGUUUAGAAGAGGUAGUCAGUAAUGCAUUGGAUGCAGGGCAUAAAACAGACACAUCGGAUGCCAUGGGUGGUGGGGGCGUCGGUGGCAAUAAUGGAGGUGGUGGUACUACAACAAUCACUCUAUUACCUGUGAGUAAAGUUGAAGAAAUUCUACCAAACGAUUUGAAUAGCUCAACAUUACAACAAGUCUGUCUAACCGAUUCACAACAACAACAACAGCAACAUGAUUGUGAACAGGUAUCUUCGCAUCAGUUGACAGCAACAGCUGUUUGGCCAAUUCUCGCCACUACAGGCGGCGGCGGCGGUGGUGGAAUGAUGAAUCAUCUUUCACAAGGUCAAUUAAUUCAAUCACCUGGACAACAACAAUCACGACAAGGUGGUGGUAUUGUGUCUGGUGGUUCACACUUUUCUACAAUCACUAUUUCACCGACAACACAAAUAGUUCAAGCGACAUCAGGUCAACUACAUCAAUCCUUAGUCCCCGCAUCAUCAUCGUCAUCAUUAUCUCAACAUCAGCUCCAGUUGAUUGCUGCAUCGACUAGACCUCAGACAAUUAGUUCUACUACUGGUGGCGGUGUCAAUACAACUUCAACAUUUGUAACCACUCUACCAGUAUUCAAUGGUCCAUCACAGAAUGGUAAUAAUAAUAAUAAUAUUAAUACUGCUGUGACUACAACUACUUCGAAUAAUAAUAAUAGUAAUAUGAGUGAAACAGAUCGAUCACUUAGUAAUAGUAAUAAUAAUAAUAAUAAUGGUCAAUUAACCUCAUCACAUUCACAUCAUCAUCAACAACAACAACAAUUUCAUUGUCCAGUUAGUACACUGGCAGAUUCUUCUUCACAGCAGCAGCAGCAUCAUUUACAACUUUCACAACAGCAACAGCAGCAGCAACACAAUCAAAAUCCACCUCAAACACAGAGUAAUAAUUCAUCGGGGACUGGUGGCGGCGGCGAUUCAAACAACGGUAAUAAUAACAAUAAUAAUAAUAAUAAUAGUAGUAAUAGUAGUAGUAACAAUGUUAAUAAUACCGCUCCUGUAUUACACGUUCUACAACCCUCUCCAAGCAUUUUCUUCUCACCGUAUUAUCUACCACAUUCGGCAGCAUCUCAAAUGUAAAAAAAGUACACGGAAUCAGAAGAAGUAUGUGUGUGUAUGUGCGUGCGUGCGUAGGUGCGUACGCGUGUGUGUG